GAGAGGGAGAGAGAGGGGGGGGGGGGGUUUGGGAAUGCUCAGAGGGUGAAGGGUUAAUUCGUGGCCGGGGAAACCUGAUGCUAAUUAAGUCUUUGGAAUGCCGAAUCCUGACAUUCUGGUGAAGCUCUCAGAGCGGCUGAGACGCACAGGACGCAGGGAGUGAUGUUUUGGAUUUUAUUCCUCGCUGACGCUCAGAAAGGACGCGCGCUCUGAAUUCUGCUAGAAGGGAGAACCGAGGAAGGAGGGAAGAAUGGAAUUGUCCAGACUAUCGGUGAUGCUGGCGUUAUACUGCUCACCCCUGAUGGUGCGCGGUGCCGCAGAGCCGUGCAAAGGGACGCAGUGCCACGGCGGCGAAACCGGCGACCCGAGGCCGUGCGUCGGGGAGCAUUGCCCCGGGGGUCGCUCCUCCAGACCCCGGAGGCAUCUACACUACAACCCCGCAAACACGGGACGCGCGGCAGCACACGCAGUCGCCAGUUCGCAGCACGCCUUCGUGAGCUCCCCCAGAGCCGCUGUGGCGGAGGGUUUCGCGGCUAUACAGCCCCCUCGUGGACGGGACGGCGGGAGCGCGCGGACUAGAGCGGGGGCGGAAGCGUUCCCGUCGGGGUGCCACGAUGGGAGCUGCGGUCCUCUUCCUCCUGCUUCUCCACAACGACACCUUUACACCGUGAACGAGACGCGGGACUGUCGGGGGAUCGAGUGCAAACUGCCGCUCCGGAUCCGCCUCCAGCCGCGACCCAAGCCCUGCGUUGGGGACGCGUGCCUGGCCGGCUCCGAGGAGGGCCAGCCGGUCCACCUGAGAGACAGAGCCGCGCAGUUCAUGGGAGAGAUGCCUGAGUUUGGAUAUCCUUCCUCAGAGCUUGGGGGUGCCCCACUGGGAGUCCAGCUCACAUGUGACAUCAAACCAGGGGAGAACGAGGUUCCAUCCGAAGAUGCCCUCAUCCUCCACCUGCAGCUGUCCAAGGGUCAGGAGAGUCUGGUGGAGGCCCUGCGAGCACAGCAGGUGGUGAUCAGGGACCUGCAGCAGAAGCUGGUGGACCAGCAGGAGGCGCUGCUCUCCCAGCAGCGGGACAUCCUGGCCGAGCAGCGGCGCAUGUACGAGCAGAUGGACACGGUGAAGGCCCAGUACGGCAUGCUCUCCGACACCGUCAAGCAGGUGUCCUUCCAGGGCCUGCAGGGGGAGCUGCAGAGCUACUUCCAGAGCCACCUAGCAGGGCUGCAGAGCCAGGCGCGCAGCCAGCUGCAGAAGUCCUACGCCGUGCACAAGAUGGACGCGGACUCCAAGGUGGUGGAAGUGAUGGACGUCCUGGGCGAGGCCCACUUCCCCCAGCCGCUGUUUGGCUGCACGACGUCCUGCAGCGGCGAGGAGUUCUGUGACUUCCAGAAGGAGCCCCCCCGCUGUGAGAGGUGCACCAUGUGUCCACCGGGCUUUUUCCUCAUCUCCCAGUGUUCACCCAACACUGACCGCAUGUGCCAGGACCGAGAUGAAUGCCUGGAGUUACCAAGCAUCUGUGGGGAACGGGUGAAGUGUCUCAACACCCCAGGAGGCUUCCGGUGCCUGGGUAUCUCCGAGCGCGAGGCGGAGACGGGCGUGUGUGGCCUUGAAUACUUCUACAACCAGGAGCUCCAGGAGUGCCAGGCCUGCUUCGACUGUGAUGGGCAGCAGGCUUCGGCGCCCUGCACCGCCGUCAGUGAUACCGUCUGCACGGGGCCCCUGCUGUCCACCGAGCCGGUCCGUCUGUCCCAGGCCUGGGGGGGCAACGUCCAGGUUCCCCCAGCCAGGUCCUUCUCCCGCUCCUCCUCCUACUUUGGCUCCAUCUUCCCGGGCCUGCAGCUCAACAUCCUCGGCAGCGGAGACCCCGGCGGGCUGCUCUCCAUGCAGGGUGGCCGGCUCAGUUUGCAGCAGCACGGCCUCCUAUGGCUGGACCACAACUUUGCCCUGAAGCACAGCUGCCGCAACUUCCUGCAGCUCGGCAUGCGGCUCAACGGCAGCCAGGAGGAGGAGAGCGGCCGGUGGGACCUGAGCGGCGUUCGCAUCGAGCAGCCCGACGGGAAGUACUUCCAGAGCGUGAGCGUGAGCGGCGCGGUGGAGGUGGAGCCCAACCACACCCUGAGCCUGGUGCUGAAGAGCCCCAACCAGCACUGCAACCAGACCAAGGACCUGCACGCCUACGACCUCCACGGACACCCCUUCAGCCUCUUUUGGCUGUCGCACGACACCGGCUCCGUGGCUAUGACGGCGCAGACCACCGUGUCGGCGCACUACCAGACCAGCUACCGGCCGACGUUCCGCACCGUGUCCGUCUCGGACGCCUACAUGGUGGGCCUGACCCACGACAGCCGGGGCGUGCGCUUCACGGAGAGCGGCGUGGUCAAGUUCGUCCUGCAGCAGGCGCUGUACGCCGUGGGCCACACGUGCGUCCGCGAGGGCUUCUCCGUGGUGGCCUACACCAACCACAACGGCAGCGCCCAGGAGGUGAUGCGGGCGUUCAAGGCGGGCGUCAACUACCGCGACACGUCCGUCACGCUGUCGGGCGCGGUGCGCGUGGACGCCGAGGACACGUUGACCUUCGAGGUGAGCACGCCGGCGCAGUGCAACGUGCGCUACUUUGGCGACAGCAGCGGCAUCAGCGUGCUGAGCCUGGUGUGGAUCCCGGCAGCCGUGUCGUCGGCGCUCACCGCCACCGUGUCCCCGACGGGCCUGCCUUCCGGCGCCGUGCGGAACAAACCGCUCUUCUUCCAGCAGGUCAGCCCCGACAGCCGGCAGAUCCACCUGUCCACCGCCGGGGAACCCAACGCCCGGAAGAACUUUGUGUUCCGCGAGCAAGGCACGGCCAACGUGGCGCUCAACCUGAAGCUCAUCCACUCCUGUAACGUGGUCAAGCUCUCUCUGCACCGGGUGGCCGGUGGUGGGAGUGGAGGUGGAGGUAGCAGUCAGGCCAAGGCGGGUCCUGUGGCCCAGCAGGUGUCCGGACACAUGCCUGAAGGGAGCGAGUGGGCCAGCUUAGGGCUGAGGGCCUCUUUCGAGGUCCAGAACGGCACAGCCAUCUACGUCACCUUGGACUGCGUCCGCGGGCGCGUGAACCAGAUCACUAACCAGGGCGGGACCAACAUUUCCAUUCUCUGGGUCACCCUGUGAUCUGUGAUCAGUGAUCCCGGAUCCGUGACCAGUGAUCCAAAAUAUGGAUGUCUUUCCCUGAACCUGGAUGAAAUAUCAUGCAUGGAUUUGGUCUUGAUUUGCAGAGCAGAUUCAAAAAAUACCAAAGUCAAGCAGCUGUUUCUAUUCCUCAGAAAUUAUUUUGCAUAAAUAUGAUAUAUCAGUGUUUUGUGAUUUUAUCUAUUAUUUUGUGUAGCAUAUAUAUGUAUAUAUAUAUAUUAUCAGGAAGUACUUCCUUGCUAGAAAGUACUUUGGCUGGUUGAGAAGUGACCAAUCCGACGUUAAGUAUGUUGCAAACUGUGUGUGUGUGUGUGUGUGUGUGUGUGUGUGUGUGUGUGUGUGUGUGUGUGUGUGUGUGUGUGUGUGUGUGUGUUUGAGUGUGUGUGUACAUGUGUCUUUUCCUGCAUGUAUGAUUCAUUCCAUCUGAUAUAACAUAUUUCUAUGCCUGCACAUACUUUAAAUAAACAUGUAUUGAAUACUUAUGUUAUUAAGCCUUACAGAGCUUCCAAUAAAAUCUUACAUAGAACUGUUAUAGACAGAGAUUAUGUAGUAGAGCAGGAUUCCAUUGGAUUUCUGCUUAAUAACUUGUUUGUUAUUUUUCUAACUUAUUUGACAUUUUGAGUAAAGGGCUUUUCCUAAAAUAUCAUGAUAUGUUGCUUGUCUUCACCAAACAUGAUGUAAGUUUUCUCCAACACAUACAUUUAAUACAUCAUAUUGUAUACUGGAGGACACAAUAAAGUGCAGAACAUUCAAUAAUA